AUGACACCGAACCUCAUUACUGAAGGCGAAAUUUUUAACGGAUCGUCUACAAAUGGUUAUCAUGAAUUAAAUGGUGUUCAUGAUGGAUCAUAUUCAAACGGUCAUAGUGAAUUGAAUGAUGUACCAUUAAUUGCAGAACAAGGGUUUGGCACAAGAGCUAUUCAUGUAGGGCAAGAUCCUGAUCCAUACACUGGUGCUGUUAUCCCUCCGAUAUCUUUAUCGACUACAUUUAAACAAUCUUCAAUUGGUGCUCAUAAGGGUUACGAAUAUUCUCGAUCGAGCAAUCCUACGAGAAGCGCAUUUGAACAAUCAAUUGCAUCAUUAGAAAAAGCAAAAUAUGGUAUUGCAUUUUCAUCAGGAUCUGCUGCGACUGCUACCAUUGUCACAACUAUUGGAACUGGUGGUCAUAUUAUAUCAGUGAGCGAUGUUUAUGGAGGAACAAAUCGAUACUUUUCUAAAGUUGCAAGUACUCAAGGAAUCAGUACAACAUUUGUUGAUUUGAUUGACCCUCAAAAUAUCGAACCUGUUUUCCGUCCAGAUACAAAGAUUGUAUGGGUUGAAACUCCAACAAAUCCUACUCUUCGCCUAAUUGACAUUCAGAAAGUCGCCCAAAUAACUCAUAAUCAUGGUGCCAUCCUUGUAGUCGAUAAUACAUUCAUGAGUCCAUAUUUUCAAAAUCCUAUAGAACUUGGUGCUGAUAUUGUCGUACAUUCUGUCACCAAGUACAUAAAUGGACAUUCUGAUGUGGUAAUGGGUGUAGCUGUGAUGAAUGACGAAACAAUUUAUGAAAAAGUUAAAUUUUUACAAAAUGCUAUUGGUGCUGUACCUUCACCUUUUGAUUCAUGGUUGGCAAAUCGUGGAUUAAAAACUUUACAUGUACGUAUGAAGCAGCAUCAAGAAAAUGCUUUGACUAUUGCUAAAUUUUUGGAGAGUAGUGAUAAAGUUGAAGAAGUUAUAUAUCCCGGGUUGGAAAGUCAUCCACAACAUGAUUUAGCAAAGAAACAAACAAGAGGCUUUGGAGGAAUGCUAAGCUUUAGAAUUAAAGGUGGUUUUGAAGCUGCCGAUACUUUUCUACGGAGUGUAGAAAGUUUAGCAGAACAUCCUGCAAGAAUGACACAUGCAUCUCUUACUCCAGAACACCGAGAGACUGUUGGUGUUACUGAUAAUUUAAUAAGAUUAUCUGUGGGUAUAGAAGAAGUUACUGAUCUGAUAGCAGAUGUUCAGCAAGCAUUAGAAAUAGCA